AUGAACAACUUUACUUCAUUUUUAGCUUCAUAUAAUGAGCUUGUCGAGCAGUGGCAAGAGCGACUUCGUAUCCUAAGGGACAUAGAAGAGAAAGCAGUGGAGUUUCCAGAACUUAUGCGGAUGAUUUGGAUUUUCAAACAGUCUUGCGUUGAGUUUCAAAAUUUUCAGGCCAAGCUGAAUUACUUCAGCGCAGAAUCUCUAUCUGGUGAUCUCUUCAAUCACUGGCAAGAAUUGAGCUCUGAUUAUAAUAAGAUUCGAGCUUGUUUUGCUGCUCUUGAACUGAGCGUGGACAAGUAUCACCACUCCCGAGCAAUGGCUGAAUCGUCUCCUCAUACUUCAGUCGAUCUAUCUCGACCAUUUGUCAAAUUUUCCAAUAUUCAUAACAGCAAAUCCAAUGCGGCCAAAAUGAGAGGCUCAAGAAUCCUUAAGAAGAAGUCAAGAAAGCUCAUAAUUUCCAUUCCGAUUCAUACAAUCGAAGGUUCAUUUUUCGACGGGACCAAAAGAGCGCGGAUUGUAACAAGAGAGUCGGGGGAGUUGACCUUAAUUCUUCAAGUGAGCAAAGAAUAUCUAACUUUGAAUGCGCGACCUUCACUAGAUAUGGAAGAAGAAAUGCGACUUUCUAUUUUGCGCCAUCAAAAAGCAGGGGAAGAAGAAGCACGGAAACAAGCAGAAGCAGUUGUGGAGGCAGCGCGGAUAACAGCGAUCAAGAAAGCAGAAUUUAAAGCAAAAGUUCAAGCCGAAUAUGAAGCAGAGUCCCAGGCAAAAGCUGCAGCAGAAUCUCAGGCAAAGGUUGAAGAGGAAGCUCAACUUCAGCAGGCCACCAGCCAACUUCCAUUCAAUUCUGAUGACUCCGUUAGUCCAGAGAGCUGCAAGAGGGCCAUCAGUAAUGGUAGUAUGCCUGAACCAAUGUCAAGAUUUCAAGCCCCUGGCAUGGAAGAAAUUCGACAAGCUCUGAUUACUACCACGAACCAGAUGUAUCUCAGUCAUAAACGAACAGCAAAAGCUUCCAUGAUCAAGCGCCGAGUUAGGAAGGAGUUUCAGCUUGGCAAGAACUUCUUUGAGGAGAAUGAUUGGCCAAAAAGAUGUGACAUAAUCAUCUUGAGGGCAUUCAAGGAGGCCUGGGGCUCAUUCACGGCACUGCUAGGUUAUCACUUGGAAUUGGUGGCAGAAGUUUAUGGAGUUAAGCGAUCAUUAUUGUUACUUGCUAAGAAUCGCGUCUCUAUCUUUUUGCGAUUUGUGAUCACCGCUGGGAAAGGCAUUUCUAUACAGAAUAUUACAUACCAUCAAUGGGAGAAGCUCAUAUAA